GCAAGGUAGUCGUCAGUUGAGUGACUGAUUGGAAACGUGUGUGACGUCAGUUUGCAGGCGUGGUGUCGGUGGUCCUAUUCAUUCGCUCGGUUUGUCACUAAAACGGCUGACUAUUUGCAAUCGCAAAGCAAGUGCCAGCACAAUUUCCAUUUCGGGAUACACAUUGCGAUAUCUCAAUCGAAUUUGGUAGAAUAUUUGUGGAAACUAACGAAGCUUCCACGAAAUUGGAAUUGCUUCGGCCGCUCGAAUGGACGCGAAGAAGUGCAAGACAAACUGAGGUCGGUUUAUCUUUGUCACCCAUAAUUUGCCAAGUGCCGUGGAAGUUUGUCCGGUACUCAACACUAUUCGGAUGAAUUCACUUCUCCCUCACAUCUUUAUUAAUUCGAUCUGCGUGCAUUUUACUCAAGGAGAUUACUAACCGUUGCGCGGCCAUAGCAGUAAAGAAAAGGCCGCGAUUUCAAGGCAAUGAAGUAAUCCACCUAGCCUCAAUCUAGUUUUACAGCCUGCCAUUUUCCAAGUGUCAAAAGGCGACCAAGUGUACAUUUGUGUUUGUGCGGCGUAGUGUCAAGUUGAAGUGAAAACAAGGAAAUCGGAAAUUCCACCAAAUAUUUGUUUUGGUGUGUAAAGUAACGAGUGCGAUAUGACUUUUCCAGUUGGAUAUUAUUGGUUGAACGCUUCUGUAUGAGCCAGCAUAUUCCCACUGAAUCUAUGGCGAGACAUCAGCAAGGUCGCCAAGAAAACUGGAGGAAAUGAAAUAAGAAUGAUGAAAAGAAAUAAAAUGUUUCCGUGAUAUCAUUCCCGCGACCCUGAUGAAAGCAAUAGAAUAUCCACACAUGAGUAUAACUUAAUUUUGUGGAAUUGUUCGUUGGUUACAGCUCAAGUGGAAUGUGAAAAUAUAUUAUUCCUAAAAGAGGAUUUGUGAGUAAUUUUAUUAUUGAGCCUAGCCGUAUCUAUCUAAACAACUGCAGUAAUCGAUGCAUUCAGCGAUGUAAUUAGAAGAAUAAUCAAACGUGAUUAUAAACACAACGUAAAGAAGUCAGCUAAAAUUCGUUGAUUCAGGAAUUUGUAUAUGCUGCACAUAUAAGAUAGUACGAUUAUCAUUACAUUAUUUGGCGAGACGUACUAUCAACCAACACAUGGUUUAUCAUUGCAGUCUUAAUCUCUUAACUUAAUUAGUAUUCACUUUGAUGGCAUUCUCUUUAGACUUGUCCUAAUUCCAGUGAAUAUCAUAUUACAUGGUGGCGAAAAAGAGACGGAAAAUAUACUGCUUGAAAACAUUGCAGAAAAUUUGAAAAGGUGGAAACGUAUUGCAAAAAUUUUGCAAAUUCAACACAAAGUAUUGAUAUAAAGCGAAUUGAAUCAAAAAUACACUCCAAAGUGAAAAAAGUUGCUACCUGAAGAAAUUCUGGAUCUAAUUCUAAUGCUUUGUGUAGACUGAAUUGACACAAAUAUUUACUUAUGACAUAUCAAAUGUGAUAGAAUAAUAAACACUAGCAUUAAUCAAAAUCUAGUAAAAACGACGCCUUUAACCAAUGUAAGUAAGUUUAAAACUAACGCGUUGAAUGUGUGCGUAAAGAAGAAAAACAGUUCAAAAUAGUAAAUAAGAAAAUUACAAUGUAGUUGCAUUAUAUAUUUUCUUGAAAAAAAACUUGAAAUUCUGAACAGCUGUGAAAAAAGAUACAGCGAAAAGGUCCUGGAUUGCAUGCAACAAGUGGGUAAUUAAUUCGCCAAAAAGGCUCGUUAAUUUCCUGGUAAAAGCAUUGGAGCUUAGAUAAAAUAUAUCGACAAAAUGUCGUUUAUAAAUAAUUUAAAAAAGGUGUUCCACCUUGGCGGUGGCGAUGCAAAGAAGAAACGUUUAUAUAAUAAUAUCAAAAUGGAUACGAACCCUACUGAUUAUUGGGAUAUGAUUGGCGAAUUGGGGGAUGGCGCGUUCGGUAAAGUAUACAAGGCUCAACAUAAAGAAACAAAGCGCUAUGCCGCUGCUAAGAUGUGUACUUUGGAGGACGAAGAAAAUUUAAGUGAUCAUAUGGUUGAAAUAGAUAUUUUAUCAGAAAUCAAACAUGAGAAUAUAGUUGAAUUAUAUGAAGCAUUUUCAAUUGAUGAUAAAUUGUGGAUGUUAAUUGAAUAUUGCGACGGCGGUGCCUUAGAUAGUAUAAUGGUCGAAUUAGACAAGCCUUUAACUGAACCACAAAUUGCUUAUGUUUGUAAGCAUAUGACCGCCGGAUUGGAGUUUUUACAUAAAAACAAAGUGAUCCAUCGUGAUUUGAAGGCAGGAAAUGUUUUGCUUACGAUGGAAGGCGGCGUUAAAUUAGCCGACUUUGGCGUGUCAGCGAAAAAUAAGCAUACUUUACAGAAGCACGAUACGUUUAUUGGAACGCCUUACUGGAUGGCUCCUGAGCUUGUACUUUGUGAAACAUUUCGCGACAAUCCUUACGAUUUUAAGGUAGACAUUUGGUCGCUGGGCAUCACGCUCAUAGAACUAGCGCAAAUGGAGCCACCGAACAGCGAAAUGUCUCCAAUGCGUGUUCUUCUUAAGAUACAAAAAAGUGAUCCGCCUAAGUUAGAUCAUCCACAGAAUUAUACGAAGGAAUUUAAUGAAUUCUUGUCAAAAGCUUUGGUUAAGGAUCCACAGCAGAGACCAACUGCCGAGAUGUUAUUAAAAUUACCUUUUAUAAGCAGUGAUUUGGACUGUAAGCCCAUAAAAGCUCUUCUCUUGGAAUACAAAGCUGAAGUGGUGGAAGAGGAAGUUGUAGACGAGGAAGCGGAGAAAGCAAAACGACAGGCGAAGCGAAGAUCACUAUAUCAGAGGGAACCCCGCAAUUCAGCGCUCCCUCUCGAUUUGGACGAUGACUCCUCCUCGUUACAAAGUCAAGAUACAGAUAAACUCCCAGAUACUCCUACUUCAUUAUCGAAAGUUUCGAGGGAUUCAAAGGAAUCGACGCCGAUAUCAUCACCUGUAAUCGAGGAAGUUGAAAGAGAAAAAGAAGAAAGUAUCGCUAAAAUGCCGCCACAUCAACCUGUACCACCUCCACCGGCUGUUGUCUCCAAACAGUCACCACAGCAUAGUAACCAUAAGCCGCCACUGUUCCCAGCUGCUCCAACUACAGCACCCAGCUUUAGGGAAGAAUCAAUAUCUUCAACAGCUUUACCAAACGACAAUGAGUUGAUAACUACAACAAAGAAACGGGAACUGGAACGGCAAAGCAGUGUAGAAGUUGAAAAGAAGGUAUUAAAGAAAGAAAAAGGACCUGCGCCACUUCCACCUACAGCUGUUAAGCAACAACAGGCAUUAUUGCCCCCAAUUAAUGUUCCAGCUACCGACGAUGCUGAUGCAUCGUCUGAAAUUCCAUUGAAAGACAUAAUUAAGCCACCACCAGAGUUUGAGGAAUCUUAUGUUGAUUCGGAGAAGCACACUGGCAAUUUGCAUUUAGAUAAGUUAGAUAAGGAGGAGCCUGGCAAAUCAUACGAAGAAAAGCCAGAAGUAGAGUUAGGACCAGAAGUAGAACGCGAAUUGAAGGUUAUACCGGUUUUGAGUAGGAGUAACUCAGGCGAUACUGAAACCAGUUCAUUAAGUGGUGUUUCGAUAAAUUCAUCCACACCGAAGCCUACAACAAAUUUGAAUAAGUCAAUGAUUACUAUAAAUAGUAUGGAAACUUUAGCAGAUAAACCAAAUAGCCUGGCAUCAAAUAUUAGCCAAAUAACUGUUGUGACAAGUACACAUCCUCCGGUUAUUGUUGAUAAUACAACAAAGGUGGAUUCCACUGUGAAGAGUGGAAACAACGAAGUUGUGAUUGUCUCCAAUGAAACUAAUAAAACACAAGUGAACGAAUCUUCAACUGAUGACGAUUUCCCUUCGUUAGACAGUUUAGAGAGCUCCCCCCGAUUUACUGGUGGGAAGAAAUCUUCUAAUAUGAUUGUUAUAAAUGACAACAAAUCAUCAGAAGGAAAUGUUGUUAAAAAUAGCCAAACACAGACUGCGCGUAAAUUGGACGAAAGUGAAGUAUUGAUAGUGAGUCCUAGUUUUGUUGACGAGGAUUCUGAAUAUAAGGCAGAUGUUUCACGACUCUUAGAUACAAGUCAUGUGUCAGUAGUGACAGUAGGAGAAGAAAUUAAAGUAAAAGAUAGCAGCAAUGCACGAACUGACUCGAAUAGUGAUAUGUCUUCUGUUGGUGGAACUACAGCUGAAUCAAACGACGAUUAUCAUACGGAUCUGAGUGUACAAAUUCGUAAUAAGGUUAACGGUCAGUUAGCUAAACAAAGUUCGGAUAGUAGAGAGGACGUAAAUAUUAUAAUUAAUCGACAGAAAGCAAAGCCAGAAAAACGUGUUUCUCCGGAUAGUUCUGUGGGUUCGAUGGAAUCCCGCACACAUAGCGAAUGCGGCUCGGUUCGGUCAACAGGCACUUCAGUUGGCGUAAUUAAAAUCGAUCGCAGCGAUGCUGAAAGUAUUGCAACGACAACUAGUCAUGAUAGUCGCGAGCAGGAGGAUGAGGUUAUUAUCCGUUGUUCAAAACCAGAGAAGAUUGAAAGAACGAAGGAAGAAAUUGAAUUGAGGAAUUUGCGCAAGAAGACGCGAAAACGAACAAGGAAGUUCGAAAUCGAUGGUGUACAGGUAACAACGACUACUAGUAAAGUAAUCUACGGGGAUGAUGAGAAUGGAAAACUGUACGAUGAUCACAUUUUCCGUAAACAAGAGCUGCGUGAAUUGAAAAUGCUACAAAAACAGGAGAAAAAACAACUGAAUGAGAUUCAAUUGAAAGAAGCACAAUCUAAAGAACAACAGGAGCGACGAUUUGAACAAGAAAGGAUUGCACUUGAAAAGACAUAUGAAGCGGACAUGGAAGCAUUAGCCCGACAGCAAAAGCAGCUGAUUGAGAAAACUGAACAACAACAAGAAGCUGAACUUCGUUCUGCAUCAAAGCGAAUUCGCCUUGAUCAAGAGCAAGAAUUGAAACAAUUCAGAGAAAAUUUGAAACAAGAAAUUCGCCUGUUGAAGCAAGAAAUCGAUUUACUCCUAAAAGAUAAACGUAAAGAUGAAUUUAAAAAACGGCGUGCUGCAAUGGAAUUGGAACACGAAGAAAAGGAGCGGGCAUUCUUGGAAACUCUGAAAGAGCGGCAUGAGCUUCUUCUUCGUCGAAUCAGUGAAAAACAUCGAGAUGUACUAGCGACGAUUGAUCGGAAUUUCCUACAACAAAAACAAACCGCCAUGCGUACACGAGAAGCUAUGUUAUGGGAACUUGAAGAAAAACAAUUCCACGAAAAACAUCAACUAACGAAGCGGCAUGUAAAAGAUAUGUGCUUUAUGCAAAGGCAUCAAAUGAUUAUAAGACAUGAAAAGGAGUUGGAUCAAGUGAAGAGAAUGCUGCAAAGAAAAGAGGAGGAGUUGUUAAAGCGACAAACAGUCGAGAAACGAUCACUACCGAAGCGUAUAAGAGCAGAAAGAAAGGCACGCGACAUGAUGUUCAGGGAGUCUUUGAGAAUUUCGACUAAUUUGGAUCCAGAAGCGGAGAGGGAGAAAUUGAAGAAGUUUCAAGAACAAGAGAAGCGGCGGUACUUACAAGAAGAGAAAAGACUCGAAACUAAGCACGCUAAGCAACUCGAAGAAAUACGAGCGACAAGAGAGGCUGCGAUAAGGGAACUUGAACAAUUGCAGAAUGAAAAGCGAAAGGCGCUUGUGGAGCACGAAACAGCGAAACUCAAAGAAAUUGAUGAAGCAUUGCAACGCGAUUUACGUGAAUGGAAGGCUAGGCUUAUACCUCGUAAGCAGCAAUUAGAAGCCGAACUGUCGAAAAUGAUUGAUGAGCAUGAAAAGGUUUAUGGCCCCGUACCGGAUCGUAAAAUGUUUGAAGGUGAAAUUGUUGUUCCGGAACAUCUUCGUAACACGAAUUUAAUAAGUUCGUAUCGUUCAUCGAGAUUAGCCGGAGGAUUUUUGGGCAGCUUGACACGUUCUCGCACUUUCCUUACCCUAUCGACACCUUUAUCCCAAAAUAAUUUCCGUGGUUCAGCACCCGACUUAAGUCGUAGUGUUCCAAACACACCCCACUCACGGCACAAAAUUUCAAUGCUAGGAGCAUCAUCAUCUGUUCAUUCUGUUAUUGAAGAAUCACCAAAACAUAAAUCGCCAUCGUCUGCUCUUGGUAACAAUGGAAGGAGCUUGUAUCCGAUGUCUACGAAUAGUUUACCGCGCCAAAAACAGCGAACUGUCAUUAAAUAUGUUUUUACAAACGAUGGCGUUGAAAUGAGAAGAAAAUCUGAUGAUGGACCUCUCCCGCCACCGCCUCCAUCACGCUUGCAAACCAUUUCAUUGAAAUACAAUAAUGAUUUAAAUCAUACGACUUCUAACCAACAGAGAUCUUCUCCUAUUAAUUCCACUUCGAAACAUCUUACUACAUUUGGCAAUCGACGCUCGGCACCUAUGCCAGCAAAUCGUAAUCCGAUUGAUUAUAAUGAUCUUGCAGUGAAUCAAAGUCAAAUACGGAAGCCCUUGAGUAAUCGUAACACUCAAAAUAUAAAUGAUGAAACAGUGAACAGAAAAACUUUCGCUAUUAAGCGUCCUAGCCUUGUCCAAAAACAAUCGUCAUUAAGAAGUAAUCAUUCCAUUUCACUGCAUAAUAUCAAUGACGCGGGGCUGAAAAAUUCAAGCCGUUUAGGCGAUUCUACAACAUGUUCGUUGCAGGAAUCACGAUGGGGACCAGUUCGUGGUUCUAACAGUUACGCGCAUGGUUUGAAUGUCAACUCUCUUUCAACGUAUACAAUUCCAAGAGUGUCCCUUUCAAAUUAUUCUGGUUCAAGUCCUAUAAGCAAACGGAUCACGGUCAAGCAACUUCAGGAGUCAGAUACUGUAUCUGUGCGUAGUGGUUCAAAAAGUGAAAACGUAGGUGAUGUGAAUGACGAUGAAAUGAAGGAUUCAGCGGCUUAAAUCCUGGAAUGGUCCCAAUGAUAUUUUUUAUUUUGGGAAGAGUAGAUAAUUUAGGGAGGUCACAUUUAUCAUAGCAGAAAUUUUGCAAACCGGAUUGAAAAAUUUAAAAAGUACAGUUUAAGGUGUACGUCAUCUAAUAUUUAUUUUGCGGUAUUCAAAUUCAAUAUUUAUUGUAGCAAUUAAAUUGCUAUUGCACGCGCAUUGUAUCAAUUAAAAAACAACCAUUUUUGAGUGACAUAUUGCCUUUCGUUUCUUAAAGAAAUCGAAAUCCGUAUAUAUGUAUUUAUUUCAGUAUGCAAGGCAAGGUUCGAAAUAUCGUAACUGCAGUUGAUAAAUGUGAUCUUGAUUUUUGUUGAUUUAUACAUUAUCGUUUUCGCAUGUCAUGAAUGUAUAUGGUAGGUUCGUAUAAGACCUUGCCUUAACCCGUUUUAUGCGACCAACUAGUGCAUUUGUAUUUUUUUAAUAUGAAUGAUUUCUCCUUAUAAAUUCAUUCUAGCUGAUAUAACUAAAAGUUAAUUUUAAAAUAAAUUAUUGUAAAUCGAAAAAAAAGAAACGGCGAAAGCUAAACUAACAUUAUCCAUUAUAUGCCAAAAUAUUCAGAGUUCCUUUCCAGGAACGUUCAGCCAUUGUAAUUUGAUAUAGAGUGGUUUUUACUACGAAACAUCGGUCGAACGUUCUGUACCUGUAAAUAAUAAUAGUUUACUGGAAAAGAUAUUGAAUGCUCCGCAAAUUAGUUUCUUCAUAUUCCUCUUUUUUCUUAUUUUCGAAAACGUGUAGACUUUAGAAGGUCAACCUUGUUUUUCAUGAUAGCCAAUCUUUUUUAUUCUUCCAACCCUGUAUAUCCUUCUCAUCGUUUGCCUUCCUCCACACUUUUUCUCUUUAACCCUCACGCUAAAACCCAAAUGAGAAAUCUAGAAUAACAUAUGGGAGCCAAUACAUUCAACGAAUAUGUUUAGUGAAUGCUGGCUAUAUAACCUUCAUGAGAAAAGUCGAAGUGAAAGAGACAAAACAUUAUCACCUGCUUGCUUAUAUAAUGGUAAAGGGAGACUGAAUUUGGGAAAUAGAUUACAGCGGUUAGAGGAACUUUUCGCCCAACAACUUGAAGAAAUGGAGGCCUUGUACGGUGGUAACUUAAUUGUUCCAAUGCCAUCGGAUACAAUGCAGCGAGAUUUUACUGGAUCUACACGAAGCAGUUUGUCAUCA